AUGACUAUGAUACUCGGCAAGCCAGUUGGCAAGAUUGGAUACGGCUUAAUGGGCUUCACAUGGACGCCCAACCCGACGAAGUACGAGGAUGCAUUCAAGGUGAUGAAGACGGCUCUCGAGCAGGGAGCCAACUUCUGGAAUGGUGGCGAGCACUAUGGCCCUCCAGACGCAAACUCACUGCAGCUACUCCGGGCAUACUUUAGCAAGUAUCCUGAGGAUGCAGACAAGGUCGUGCUAAGCAUAAAGGGCGGGAUGGGUAAAGACCACUCCUUCGACGGGACAGAGAAAGGAGUACGCCCGAGCGUAGAGAACUGUGUGCGGCUCCUGGGAGGAACAAAGAAAAUCGACAUCUUCGAGUGCUCCCGCGUGGAUAGGAAUACACCAAUCGAAGAGACGAUGGCAGCUCUACUGAAGAUGCGUGACGAGGGCUUGAUCGGGGGUAUCGGUCUGUCUGAGGUUCGGGCCGAGACGAUUCGACGGGCAGCCAGAGUAGCUCCAAUUGCUGCGGUGGAAAUAGAGCUAAGCCUCUGGAGCACUGGUCCUACAAACAACGGCAUCCUCGAAGCAUGCAAAGAGUUCAACAUCCCCGUCAUCGCCUACUCGCCUCUGGGCCGCGGGUUCUUGACUGGCAAGAUCCAGUCUCCUGAUGACCUGCCGGAUGGGGACAGACGAAAGACCUUCCCAAGGUUUCAACCAGGCAAGAUAGAGAAUAACAUAAAACUCGUAAAGGCCCUAGAGGGCAUUGCCGACCGGAAGAAUAUGACCUUGCCACAGAUCGCCAUAUCUUGGGUGCUUGCUCUGGAGAAGAGGUUCCAUGUUACCAUAGUUCCUAUCCCGGGCUCAACAAAGAGGGAGAGAGUGCUUGAAAACUCCAGUGUGUUGUCUCUAGCUGAAGAGGAUUUGGAAGACAUAAACCGUAUACUCUCUCAACAUCCCGUUGAGGGCGACAGGUAUGAGGAGCAGGUCAUGCUCCUGAGCGAUGGCUAGGCCAUAAAAAAAGGUGUUCACUUUUUCUUACUGUCAUUGCUAGAUAAAGUUAUAGGGUAUUUUGUCUGGCUAGGAUUGUUUGGCCCCGUCUUCAGAGCCACUGGCUAAUGGCCAUGGAGUAGACAUUUGCUAUGAUUCCUUUGCAAGGAGGGCUCAUUGGUUUUAGCCUGGAUCAUAGAACAAUUCACUGGGCGGCUUUGACGGCGGAUUAGACAGACCAACAGGCCAACAUUGGUUUUCAGCUUGUAAGGGAGAAUUCCACAUACCCAACUGACUAGUUAUACUACUCUUACUCCUAGCCUGCUCUCCGUGCUAGUCUUAAAAGCAACUUUCCCCUUUAGCUAUCUCCUCUCUAGCUCCGCCUCUCUUAUAGCCUCCUUAUUAAGGUUGCUUCUCUUUUGCUCCUUACUAUCCUGUACUAGAGGUAAGACGGACCUUAAAUCAGAGGGGCCUCAGGGGUCGAUAGCUAAGGAAGAGCCUAAGAGCCUACAGGUGAACGGAGGGCAGGCCACAGGAGAGAAAAAUAAAGCUCUGGACCAAAGGAAAAAAAAGAGGGUGCCUUUAAGGGGGGAAAGAAGUCAUCUGUACAGAUAACUAACCAGUUGUCUCAAGCACGUAUGAUAAUGAUAACUGGCACCUCUACCAUUUAAGUAACAGCUAGCAGUCAACAAUACCCAUCAUCGUAUGGAAUCACCCGACUCAUGAUUUCUAUGUUGAAAAUUUCCCCCUUAAAAAAGAAUAGAAUAUAAGCAUAAA